CAUCAGCACCAGAGCUCCCUGUAUCUGCUCAAACCUACAGACUGCAGCGCUUCAUGUACGGGGCCUUUCCAGCCAUGAACUCUACAGGCCUCCCUAUCAAUACCACCCAGGUGUCCAUCGUUAAUAAUAAAACUCUUGAAAUUGUGAGAAUGACAUUUUUGAUCCUCUCCUACUUCUGCUUUUGUUUUUUUAUCUAUUUCAUCACCAUGAUAUUAUACAUCUUCUUCUCCAACGCCCAAAUACGAGAGUCGGCUCGGUAUGUGCUUUUUGCCCACAUGCUCAUUAAUGAUACAUUGUAUCUAAUAGGUGGACUUUUCCUUCUGGUGGCUUCCUUGUACCUGGCUUUCAUACCCGUCCCAGUGUGUUAUGUUAUAGUCACCCUUGUGUCGUGCACGUUUAGGAUCACUCCAUACAAUCUGGCUGUGAUGUCUCUGGAACGAUAUGUAGCCAUUUGCCACCCACUCAGGCACGCAGAGUUUUGCUCUGGGCACAGAUCGACUACAGCCGUUGCACUCAUAUGGGCCUUGGGGCUCACCCCAAAUGUUGUUGAUUUCAUCACCUUGAGCCUCUCAGCUGAGAAGAGAUUUUUUUCACUCCGUGUGAUAUGUUCCAAAGAGACGUUAACAGUGAACCCGACUCAAAAUACAAUUAGAUCCAAUGUUUUGGUGAUAACCUUAUGCCUGGUGGCCUCCAUAAUCAUCUAUACCUACAUUAAGGUCAUGCUGGUUGCUCAUAAGCUCGGCUCAGGAACAUCCUCUGCCAUCAAGGCUGGUAGAACCGUUCUGCUCCAUGCUCUCCAGCUUCUCUUGAGUAUGAUGUCCUUAAUAUCUUUAUAUAUUGAGGUCAAUGUUAAAGAAUACGUUGUCCUCUUGGCCAUUAGCAACUUUCUUUUCUUCAUGUGCCUUCCAAGGUUUCUCAGUCCUCUAAUCUACGGACUGAGGGAUGAGGUAUUUGGCAAAUAUCUAAGAAAGCUUUACUCUGUCCAUGUCUCUAUCAAGCUAAGAUGA